GCUUUCUGGCUGUUUGUAUUGUACUUGUAUGUACAAGCCUAACCUAUGUAGGUACCUAAUUUGUUUGUAGUUUUGCUUGCAUAGAUUAGAUAGGUAUGUAGGUUAGUUUGUUGGCUUGUGUAAUUUUUCAUCAUCUUACAAUCCGAUGUUGAUGAAUAUAUUUAUUACAAAAUCGAACCCAAUGCGUGCUCUGUUUGAAAGUUAAGUUUUCAUGCCUAUCCUAUUCCAUGUAAAGUGUAAACCGUAAACUAACCUCUAAAGUAACGUCAAAAAGCCGCAAGCAAGAAUGGCCACCGUUGUUGAAGAAAAUGCUGAAAUCGAUUGGGGAAACGAGCGCCUCAGUCGUGCCCAGAGGGCAGUAGAAGCUAACGUUUACGAUGUGGACUCUUGGUCUCUGCUCAUCCGAGAAGCUCAAACGCGUCCCAUCAAUGAUGUGCGGUCUAUGUACGAGAGUCUCAUUGCUGCUUUCCCCACUACGGGCCGGUAUUGGAAGAUCUACAUAGAGCAGGAGAUGAAAGCGAGAAAUUUUGAAAAAGUAGAAAAGCUGUUUCAGCGCUGUUUAAUGAAGAUACUGAACAUCGAGCUGUGGAGGCUGUAUCUUAAUUAUGUGAAGGAGACGAAGUGUAUGCUGCCGACAUACAAAGAGAAAAUGGCCCAAGCAUAUGACUUUGCACUAGACAAGAUUGGCCUGGACAUCCACGCAUACCCUAUCUGGAACGACUACGUCACGUUCCUCAAGAGCGUGGACGCUGUUGGUAGCUAUGCUGAGAACCAGAAGAUCUCUGCUGUGAGGAAGGUGUAUCAAAGAGCAGUGAUUACCCCCAUAAUAGGUAUAGAAACUCUAUGGAAAGAUUAUAUAGCCUUUGAACAAAGCAUCAACAAUAUUAUUGCGGAAAGAAUGGCGAUGGAAAGAUCUAGAGAAUACAUGAACGCGCGUCGUGUCGCGAAAGAAUUGGAGACGGUUACAAGAGGCUUGAACAGAAACAUGCCGGCCACGCCACCUACCGUCGACAGGGAGGAAAUGAAGCAGGUGGAGCUGUGGAAGAAAUACAUAGCUUGGGAGCGCUCGAAUCCCCUCCGUUCUGAAGACACAGCGCUAGUCGCAAGAAGAGUGAUGUUCGCCAUAGAACAGUGUCUGUUGUGUCUUUCUCACCAUCCCGACGUGUGGCACCAGGCGGCCAUGUUCCUGGACCAUUCUGCUAAGCUGUUGCAGGAAAAAGGAGAUUCGAACGCGGCGCGACUGUUUUCGGACGAAGCGGCCGCUGUGUACGAGCGAGCGACCAGCGGUCCUCUCAAACAAUCAACUCUUUUACAUUUUGCUCAUGCUGACUUCGAAGAAAGCAGAUUGCAUUAUAAUAAGGUGCAUCAAGUAUACACUCGAUAUCUAGACAUGGAUGAAAUUGACCCCACGCUGGCGUACGUCCAAUACAUGAAGUUUGCGCGACGAGCCGAAGGUAUCAAGUCUGCUAGGACUGUGUUCAAACGGGCCAGGGAGGAUCCCAGGUCCCGCUACCACGUGUUCGUUGCAGCCGCCCUGAUGGAGUACUACUGUUCCAAAGACAAGAACAUUGCGUUCAGAAUCUUCGAAUUGGGCCUGAAGAAAUUCUCACACAUACCAGAAUAUGUACUGUGUUAUAUCGACUAUCUGUCGCAUUUGAAUGAGGAUAACAACACAAGAGUACUGUUCGAGCGAGUGCUAUCUUCAGGAAGUCUCAAGCCGGAAAGUUCUGUGGACAUUUGGAAUAGGUUCCUGGAGUUCGAGUCCAAUAUCGGAGACCUUGUCUCUAUCGUGAAGGUGGAAAAACGCAGACAAGCGGUGCUCGAGAAGAUAAAAGAGUUUGAAGGCAAAGAAACAGCUCAAUUGGUUGAUAGAUACAAAUUCUUGGACCUGUAUCCGUGCAGCAUUGCCGAACUCAAGUCCAUCGGAUAUACAGAAGUAGCGUGCAUGUCGAAUAAAUCGUGGGCUUUGGGUGGCCCACUGUCGGGCAUCUCUCCUGAACUUGCUGCUGUCAUAUUGGGACAGAAAGACAACGACCCAAACAAGGACAUAGCUCGCCCGGACACGAGCCAGAUGAUCCCGUACAAACCAAAGUCCAACCCUCUGCCCGGGGAACACCCCAUACCAGGAGGGACAUUUCCUAUGCCGCCGGCCGCCGCGCACGUAUGUACUCUGAUGCCGCCGCCCAGCUGCUACCGCGGGCCCUUCGUGGCCAUCGAUAGACUCAUGUCUCUGUUCAACAGGAUAUCUCUGGAUAAACCGCCGCAGCCUACACAAGAGAAUGGCUGUGACACGAAACUGUUUGAUUUGGCGCGCUCCGUGCACUGGAUCGUGGACGAUGAGGGCAUCACCACUGUGUCCAAUAAGAAUCGAAGAAGAAAAGCGGGAGACGAUUCCGACGACGACGAUUUGGGAGUAGCGCCGCCGGUCAACGACAUCUACCGGCAGCGGCAGCAGAAGAGGGUCAAAUAGAUAUAUAUAUCUUCGUGUCCCCGGGGUUGUGGGGCCGCGAAGCCAGGGAUCGCCGUAUAAUAGAAACUUUAAAGUUUUGAAGAUUUGUUAUAUGUAGCCGACCAAAUCAAAAGGGACCUUACGGCGGCUGGCACUUAGGUCUUUAUUGCCGUUGUUCGAAUACAAAACAACGGCAAUAAUGGCGUAAGUGCCGGGCGCCAUUAGGUCCCUUUUGAUUUGGACGACCACAAAUACCUAUAUUAAAGGAGUGAAUUUCGAAAUGCUAUGACUACUCGAGUGUGUUGUACCAGUCAACUUUGACGUUAACUUUAACGUGCUUAGAAACACGCAAUUACGCCAUUUUGUCUAAACGUCAGUUAAAGUCAAAGUCAAAGUUGAGUGGUGCAACUCACCCUUAGAAUAAAAAUGUCCAACUGGUUGUACAUCGAUGUAUUACAAUGUAAGUAAAUGCUAUAUAGGAGAAAACUCUUAUUUGUUAUUAAAUGAGGAUUUUAACAUAGUGACACUAUAAAAUAUCCACUGAGUAUCAAUGUAAUUAGAACAGAUGGAUUUUACGACAGCCUGCCUGAAGGGAUCCCUCUUUGGGAAUGUUAUUGUUGACUAUUUGUCUUAGUUGCCGUCGCACGAUAACCACGGAUAUAGUUUCUAUACUAGUAUUACUGUACGGGCGAUUGUUAUCGUAAUAUUCGUUUUACGAUAACUAUUUUAUUGUAAAUUGUACCACAAUAUUGUGAUAUGCAAUGAUGUUUUACUGAAAAAUGUGUGACAAUGAUGAACUCAAUUAAAUAUAAGGUUAAAAUUGUA